AUGCGCGCGGUGUGGACGGUUGUGUUGGUUCGCGCGAUCCACCUCGCCAUGGGCAUCUCAGAAAGUCGCCGUUUGAUAUCGCUUUAUAAAGAAUUUAAAUGUUUAUGGGAUCCCAAAGAUUCUAAUUACACCAAUAGAGGUGUUAGAGAUGAUGCUUGGCGUCAGAUUUCUCGUGAAAUGGGGAAUAAGUCGAUCGAGAACCUAAAGAAAAAAAUGCGAUCUCUGGCGGGAGGCUACAGAAGGGAGAAACACAGAGAGAAGCAAAGCCGUAUAACUGGAUCCGGUGCUCAAGAUACAUAUAAAUCAAAGUGGUUUGCGUAUGAUGACUUCGAUUUUAUGGCGGAUAAAAAUGAACCCGGAACCACACGCGAUACAUUGGAACAUGUAGAAUCUGAUACGACUGAAGGGGAACUUGAAGUUAAUACUACAGUGAGCGAAAACGAGAACAGUAACAUUACUAGUGACACACAACCGGAGAGAGCCAACCACCACACAGAUCAGAGUAGAGAGCAGAAUGAUCAGAAUGCACAAUCCAGUGUCCAAACAACAAACAAAAGAACAAAAAAAAGAAAGAAAACUACUUCUAAUAAUGCAGAUGACAUAUCAGAUGAAACUCUUUCAGAGGCUUUCCAACUUCUGCAACAAUGUUCUCAGCCACCACAACCGGAAACUGAUUGUUACAUUGCUUUCGGGCAGUAUAUAUCUACUGAAUUGCGGAAAUAUGAUGCAGUAACAUUAGUUAAUGUCAAAAAUGCUAUAUGCCAAGUUAUUUUUCAAGCUGACACAGGAAGAUAUGGGGAUAGCAAUUAUGGGUAUUACACUAAUUCAUAUCCUGGCACACCAAUAGCAUCCACUUCAUCACAGUCCCAGUCUCUACAACCUCAAAAUUAUCCAGCUCCAAUUCCACAGACAUCACCGUCUGCUCAUCUAGCCUCCAAUUCAUCGCAGUCCCAGUUUCUGAAACCUCAGGAUUAUUCACUUCCACAGUCACCACCGAAUUAAAUAAGUACCUACCUAUAUCAUGUUUUCAAAAAAUAAUUAAUAAUUGUAAACAUGUUACUUCUUUAAAUUAUGAU